AGCAUCCCCCAGGUGCAGGUCUGAUACCCUCAGAGUCUUGAACCCCACAGUCCUGCUCCCCACAACUGGGUUCAACCUGGUACCCAUGUCUCCCUGCUCAGUUCCCAGUAUCUUACCUCUUGCCUCCACCACACUCUUUUUUAUCCGGUGGCCAGAUGGAGGCUACUAGCCCGAGACCAGUUGACCAGCUGUGACUCCUGCAAACCUUCUGAGGCUGCCCUAGAACAUCUGGCCAUGCAGGGGGACAGGCUUCAUGUGUCAUAGCUCAGUCUCUCUGAGACGCUGGCCUUGAGCUGCAUCCAAUGUUGGCCUUCUGCUGGCUAUUUGGUUUUCUCUCUCUCUCUCUCUCUCUGUGUGUGUGUGUGUGUGUGUGUCCCUGCAGGUUCCAGGGAGACACCUGCCAUGGUUAGGGCCAGCAGGGCUCUGCUGAGGCCUGACACCCUACUCUGUACUCCUGUCCCCUAUGCAGGCCUCAGAGCUAAGCUGACCUUGGGUCUUCUCUGUGACCUCGCCCACCCACUCAGCUCCCUUCCCUGUCCUCUAUGCCCCUUUGUGAAAUAAAACAAACAGAGAUUCCUGGAAGAGUCUGUGUUGCUGGGCUGGUUCUGGAAGCUUCUGCAUUUUAUUUACUUUCCAAUUUGAGUGGUCGUUCCCAUGUCGAUCAUUUCCGAGAGCCACUUCUGUUUCUAGAAGUUUCUGCCAGUUCUCACUUCUGGUGGCUUGUUUCCUUGCGUGCCUUGUCCUUUUUCUGGCUGAGUCAUGGUCUUGUCCCUGACGGAGUGCCGAUGGAGGCCUUGGAUGAAGGGGUCAGAAGCUCCAGGAUCCACGAUCAGCUUUAUUAGAUUUGACACUUGUUCCCAAGGACCAACCGGGACACAUGAGUCCGGGGGGGCUAGAGAGAUCUUCAGAGGCGCUUAAUAGGACACUGCCAAAUGAGUUUGAUUUUCAGAUGAUCCCACAAGGUAGUGAAAGAGAACUGACUUCAGCUAGCUAUCUUCUGACAUCCAUAGGUACACAACACACACAAAUACACACUCACACACACAGUCUCUUAUACACACACAAACAUUUACACAAACAAACACUCACACACACACACACAAAUAAAUCAAUCUUUUAAGUCACAAGCUUGUCAGCAGAAUGGGAAUUGGUGGCUUGGCAGGCAGAUGGCUCUGUGCUCCAGCAGCCCCUGACCCCACUGGCUGCUGUGGUGGAUCUUGUGGCUCCUUACCUGAAGGAACAGCUCCUUGCAGCCUUUCAACGAACAUGGGCUUGGUCAGUUUCCUUCCAGUUCCAAGGAAGGCCUACUUGGAGGAGGCAAGAAGGGCAGGCAACAGCUGCCAUCCGGGUCCUUCCUUUGCCCAGCACCUUGUCACCAUGGCUCACCUCUGUGGGUCUCCCACUGACGGUGGCCAGCCUGAUCUCGGAAGAUGGACACUCCCUCCUUGGAGGGUUCUGGAAAUGAAGCUUGUUUCUCCAUCACGGAGAGCUGAAGUCAGGCAAGAAUGCCCUUUGGCCAUUUGAGUCCGAACAGUUGGGGUGUAUGGAGGGCAGGAACCCCAUUUCUGGAUGGGUUAAGCAGCCAUGGUCAGGGAGGCCCCGUGCCCAGGCAGCAUCCUGGAAGUCAUCGCCUGCCUUGACUGGGUGACGCUGUGUGGGGACGUGGUCUCUUUGCUUCAGGCUUUGCCCCGAGCUGUGGGUUCACGAUUACUUCUCAGCUGUUGAAGCUGAGGAUAUGUGUGGGGAGUUCCUGAGUGAGACAGGCCGGCUCGGCUCUCCCACCUUAUGUGACGCUCUGCCUGUGUCCACCUGGGGACUGGCAUGCUCCAACAGCACUGUCCAGCAGAUGCAGCCCCCCACACAGGCAAACCCCAGUGUGGCAGGUUGAAAAUGCAAACACAGAUGAGUGGAAUUGAUUUAAUAACCAGGUUUCCCACCUAGUGCUGUCUGAGUGUGGCUGGAGGGUGUCACCAGGGUCUGUCUCGGGCAUCUGGUCCUUGGUGGAAUGGUACCCUAGAGGUGGGGCAUGGUGAAGGUCAGAACUAACUCCUCACCUCAAGGGUUUCCCUCCCUUCACAUGACCUCCUUCCAGGCUGCCAUCUACCGUGGUAAGAUGCAGUUGGGGGGACCAUGACAGAACUUGGGCCAUGCUGCUGUGUUUCAGCCUCCAGAACCAUGAACUAUAUAAACCUCCUUUCUUCAUAAGCACCUGGCCUUUGGUGUUUUUGUUAUAGAAACAGAAAUUAUGCUGACACGCUACGUCUAAGACGCAAUCACUUCACUGGGAUGAAUGCGUCCUGUUACUGUCUGGUUAGCAGUGGAUGAAAUGUGGGAGCCAGGAUAAUUCACACCACCUUAUGCCCAGAGGCUUGAGCCGUGGUUUCUGCCACUAUGCCUCACCAGCCCCACUGCCGAGUUUUUGCCAUUUCCUUUAAAACGUGUCUUUCUUUGCUCUUUGCGUGUAGAGGAAGUUCGGCUGUGUAGACUUGCACACUCUAUCUAUCUGUUCCUGUUGGUAGACACCUAGGCUGGGAAGAAUGCUGUAGAACACACUGAUGGACAGGUAGCUCUGUGACCUGUGGACCUGGAGUCCUUCAGAGACCAGUGUUCUUGUCCAUCCAUCUGUCCCACUGAUAUUCUGCUCCUGUUCACCUAGCUAAAAGUGUCCCCAAGUUUUUUCUUUUUAAAAAAUAGAUUUUUAUUUUUAUUCUUUUUUUUUCCAAGAUAGGCUUUCUUUGUGUAGCCUUAGCUGUCCUGGACUGGCUUUGUAGACCAGGCUGGCCUUGAACCCACAGUGAUCCAGUUGCCUCUGCCUCUCUGAGUGCUGGGAUUACAGGUGUGCACCACCGAGUCCAGCUUAAAACUUUUUUUUAAUUGUGUAUGUGUGUGUGUGUGUGUGUAUGUAUGCUUAUGUGUAGGUGUAUGUGUGUGUCUGUCUGUGUCUAUGUAUAAGUGUGUCUGUUUCUAUGUGUGUGUGUAUGUCUGUGUGUCUUUGUCUAUAUGUGUCUGUGCCUGUGUAUCUGUAUGUCUGUGUAUGUCUGUGUGUAUGUGUGUCUGUUUUGUUGUGUGCUUCUGCACAUGAGUAUAGUUCAGAACAGAGUGUGGGGUCCUGUGGAGGUGGAGUUACAGUACCUAAGGAAAUACUGGGCGAUGAACUCAGGUCCUCUAGAAGAGCAGCCAGUGCUCCUAACCACUGAAUCAUCCCCUCCGGCUCCACAACCAUUAUGACUUGUCUCAGUUCCUUUUCUGUUACUGGGACAAAACACCAUGACCACCACUACUUAUAAAAGAAAGCAUUUAAUCCUUGGGCUCAAUGUUCCAGAGAGCCCGUGACCACCAUGGAAGGGAACACGGCAACAGGCAGACAGACAUGGCGCUGGAGCAGUGGCUGAGAGCAUACACCUUAACGCACAGGCAUGAGACAGAGAGAGCUCACUGGAAGUGAUGUGGGCUUCUGAAAUCCCCAAGCCCACCCCAGGGGCCCACCGUGUCCUUCAAUGAAACCGCGCCUCCUAAUUCUUCCCAAAGGGCCAACCAACUGGGCACCAAACGUUCAAACAGGGAGUCUGUGGGGGUCAUUCUAUUCAAGCCACCUCGUUUCUUGGGGAUUAUUUUUGUCCUGGCUGUGCUUUCCCAUCUCCCUUGUGACUGACUUGCCAUGCUUGGGCUCAAGGAGACGCUCACUCUGUUUAUUAUCUUUUUAUUUUUAUUUUUUUCCUUCUGUGGAAGAACCUGCUUGUGUUUGUCCCUGAAGCCAUUGGGUGGAGGCUCCGUGGCGCUAAUUUGUUUUUCCCUGCCUCCCUGGGAAAUCUUCAACCCAGAUGCUUCAGGUUAUAUUUCCUUAUGUGCUUCCUGUCUUUUAUUUUGGAAUGCAGGGAGUCAUGGUAUGUCUUACUGUGCAGCCAGGGGCAGGCUGCUUAACCUCUCUGUGCCCAGUUCUCCAUAUCUGUCUAAAUAUAACUUAAUUGAGAAGGUGACCUGACUGGAUAGCUACUGAAUGAGUUGCAUUGGUGGUAACAACCUAAGGAUUUGCGUGUGUGUGUGUGUGUGUGUGUGUGUGUGUGUAUGUGUGUGUGUGUGUGUGGCUUCUCACUGGAAAGUGCUUCAGUCUGCCAUGGUGAGUAAAGCGUGGCAGUGCAAACAUGGCGGUGGAAGCAUGGCGUGCUCAUAGCAGCAGGAGCGUGUUGCACAGGCUCCUCGUGCCUUCUCACCAGGAAGCAAAGAGCUCGGGACCAAAGCAGAGUUCAUCCAGAACCCUCACACCCCGUCCCUGUUCCCCUACAUCUGCCAGCUAGAUCCGAUCCCCAGCAGGUUUCAUAACUUUCCCAAAACAGUACCGGCAGCUGGGGAUCAGACCUUCAAACACAGGAGCCCAAGGAGGACAUUCUAGCUGGCCACACAGCCCUCGGCUCAUGGCUGCCCCUCGAAGCAAAAGUACAUUGAGUACAAAUUCAAAACUUUCCAUCGUCUCCCGACAGUCACAGCACUGUUAAAGGUCCAAAAUCCCUUUUGAAAUGCAAGUUGUGAUCAUGAGCCACGAGCCCCUAAAUCAAACCCUGCUCACAUACACCAACAUAGAAAUAUUACCAAUCCAAACAGGAGGAAUGGAGAUGAGCAGAUAAGCACAGAAAUGUCACACCAAGUAAAGCCAAAACCCAACAGGGCAAACUCGCUCAGCUCUGCGUCCAGCCUCACAGCCUCAUGGUGCCAUUGUCGGGACUCUGGUGCCAUGAGGAGCACUGCCUACAGCUCUGUUGCCUACAGCACAUGUCUCUUUCUUUGGUAAAUCCCAUCCCAUGCCUGCAGCUCCCCCCAACAGAUUUCUGACAUGCCUGGCAUCUCCAAGCAUUACCUCCUGGGGUCCCUCUUACAGUGCUUUCUACGUCUGCAUUACUACUUGGGAUUCACCUUUGCAGCUUCCUGCUUGGCCCAUACAAGCUCACGUGGGGACAGUGCCUGGCCUCAGAGGCUUGCUGCAACCUUGGCACAUGCACCAUGACAUUGCAACUCAUGUGCGCUGCAUGUCUAAAACCACAGCACUACACAGACAUUGACAGCACAUUGUGUUCCCAGCUCAAGGCCUGGCCUGGCCCUCCUUCCCCACAGGCACAGUGACCUCUGUGGAGAGUGGGCAGAAGAGGACCUCAAUGGUCUUGUUGGAGCAUGUUGCCCUGGAGUGGAGACAUUCUCACGCUGAAGGCCUCGCCUCUGUUAUUCCAGUUCACAGCAUGCAGUUUUCCCUUAUUUGCGUUGAUCUCUCCAGCAGUUACGUUUGCUUCCGUUGGCGUCUGCAACCUCCACCGCUGCUUUGUUGGAGGCUAAAUUCUCUCCCACUUUUUCUCACUCAACUGCACACUCUUCACCUCUUUUGCGCUAUGCUUUUGGUUCAGAGUUCUCACUGUAAACGCGGAGAAAGGCAGCGAGCAUCAACCAUGCCACAGGCCGAUGAUAGGCUAUCUUUAAAAUUCCCUCUAUCAAACAGACUAGUCCGUUAAUUUUUAAUUUAGUCCCAUUCAGUAUUCUGGGAUGUGGGCAGAACGUAGCCAGCCUCUUUGACAAAGUGUAACCCUGAAUGGCCUUGAGCCCUGGUCCCAGUAGAGCCCUAUUCUUUGAAAUCUCGUGAGUCGGGUCUUCGCUGUCCGAACUGACCUAUGGUCACGUGAACCAUCAGAAUUGCCCAUUAAGCUGUUCAGACUUUCCCACCACUGGACUCUUCCACAUUCCUCUCACACACAGGUUCCAAGGCUAGACCACACAGUCAGAUGCACCGCAGAAACAGCGCCAGUCUGAUUUGGGGUAGUAGAUCUUUUUCUUGCCAUAUUAUAUACCCAGCUUAGGGAAGCUAGGCCUGUUUGGGCUCCGGGUUUGAGAGGGUGCACUGAGUCCUGGCGGGAAGGCAUGGCAAAAGGAGCGUGUGACUCGGCCUUUCACAUCUCAGGGAUCAAGAGGCAGAGCUCCAGCCAAGUGACUCAGCCCGUGAGCCUCCCCCACCCCCAAGCUCUACCUUCUAUGACCUUCCAUUGACAGUUCGGCCAUACCUUCAAACAACAUAAGCCACCGUGGGUCAAGACUCCAAACACAUGGUGAGCCUCGUGGAGACAAUGCACACUUAAACCACAACAGACAGGAAGUACCGAGCACCUCGCCAAGCACAUAGCAGUCCUGUCCCUGUCCCUGUCCCUGUCCCUGUCCUCACCGUGGUAAGGACCUUUCCCAGAGCUCACUGGAUCUGUCACUCAAGUCUGUGCACUGUGAUUUUCUGUUCCCACGCCAUGACACCAAGCUUCCUGUGUUCUGCUGGGGACAAGUGCUUCUGGUGGCUCCCUCUGGCUGCUGUCCCCUUGCUCACAGAGUCUGUGAUGGGCCACAGAAGGUUAAGGCUGACGCUUAAGGAGAGUGGAGUGUACUGUGUGCAGAUAAACCACGUGGGUCUGGGCAAAACUUUGGUUACAACCAGACGAUCUGAGUCAAAUAAAUACUACAGCAGCCCUAAGCCCCAGGGGCUUCCUGUCCAUCCUGAAUUCUCUCCGGGAUCUUCCCUGAGAGGGUUUAGAGCUCUGUGCACAUCUCUAGCUCUGUCUCACAGUCCCGUCGGUGUUUUGUACUUGUGGCUCAGCUUCUCCCUGCUCUCACCUUGACCCACCUUGACCUUGCCCGGAAGCUACCAGGUGCUGAAAAGUUUCUCUUUCAUCUGCUGACCUCCUGUAAAUGAGGGCAGAACAGUUCCUUAGACAGGAGACUCAAUCGUUAGUGGAGGGUUCCCACAAACACCAGGCAUGCGUGUUAUCAUUCCGAUUCUUGGUUUGUCAUUUACCUGGCCCCCAGGAUGGCAUGGGAGGUUCUGGUGACAGUGGCCCUGCUCACCCCUCCCCCAUGUCAACUGAGGCCUCUAAGGAACCGUGAGAGACUCAGCUGUGUGAGGUCUGAAUGCUGUCUCUCUGCCCACGGUGCUACCCUGCACAUCCCAAGAGAGCGCAAGAGGAUGCUGGGAUGCAGGGUUGCAGGAGAGGUACGCCUGUGAGGAGCAUCUGGGACCAGGGCCAGCUCCCUCCUCCCCCUGCUCCUGCUACCUCCCUGGCAUAGGCCAUCCAGGCCACCCCACUGAGGUCCAAGACUGGAGACACGGAACACAACCUCAUUACCAAGGGUCAUCUCCAAAACCAUGACAGGUGAGCGAUAGGUAGCAGGAACAGACAGCCCAGGCCCAAGCAGAGCGACCAGCACAACAGGAGUUUAUGCCUGAGCCCUGCAGAGCACCCUCCAGACUGAAAAACAAGGAAGAGGAAGGGCGCAGAGCCUCUUGCAGCAAAACAUUCCUGGAGAAUAAAAGCCAGAAGCCCAGAGCCCAUCAUACACACACACACACACUCUCCCUCAUCACUCACACAGUCACUCAACACACUCACACACUCCCAACUCCCAGCCAGCCCUGCCAUGGCUGCCUCCACCAUGUCUAUCUGCUCUGAUGCUCACACCAACUCCUCCUGGCAGGUGGACGACUGCCCAGAGAGCUGCUGUGAGCCCUGCUGCUGUGCCCCCAGCUGCUGCCAGCCCUGCUGCUGUGCCCCCAGCUGCUGCCAGCCCAGUUGCUGCCAGCCCAGCUGCUGUGCCCCAGCCACCUGCCUGACCCUCGUCUGCACCCCAUUGAGCUGUGUGUCCAGCCCCUGCUGCCAGUCUGUCUGCUGCACACCCUCUUGCUGCCAGCAGUCUAGCUGCCAGCCAGCUUGCUGUACCUGCUCCCCCUGCCAGCAGUCCUGCUGUGUGACUCUCUGCUGCAAGCCUGUCUGCUGCACACCCAUCUGCUGUGGAUCCUCCUCAUGCUGCCAGCAGUCUAGCUGCCAGCCCUCAUGCUGCCAGCCUUCCUGCUGUGUGCCUGUCUGCUGCAAGCCUGUCUGCUGCACACCCAUCUGCUCUGGCUCCUCCUCCUGCUGCCAGCCAUCCUGCUGUGCUCCUGUCUGCUGCAAGCCCUGCUCCAGCAUGUCCCUGCUCUGUCGCCCCGUGUGCAGACCCGCCUGCUGCCUGCCCACCUCCUCCUGCUGUGCCUCCUCCUGCCAGCCCAGCUGCUGCCGCCCAGCCUCCUGUGUGUCCCUGCUCUGCCGCCCUGCCUGCUCCCGCCCCACUUGCUGAGGCUUCUCUUUGGGUCAGGAGUCUA